AUGAGCACCUCCCAGCACCGAGAGUCUCAUGUUCAAGGGACACCCUCUCAGGAGGUCGCAACCGUCAAUCGCAUUUCGAGUGUUCCAUCAGUCGACGUCGUCCAACCUUCGUGCUCGAGAAGUGCCUCUGUAGUUAGUUCAGUUUUGACGCGUCAGGACGAAGAUAUAUCUUCGAUCAUGAUGCGCGGUGCAACUGAUCUCAGAAAUGCCAAGUUUGAAGUGGAAGAACAACGUCGUGAUAUUGAAUUCCUGCAAUCACAGAUAGAAAGCUUAAAAUGCGAAAAGGAGGAUGCACUUAAACGUUUGCAGGGAAUCAAGCACGCCGCUAAACAGAGCCUAGAGACGACCUCGAAGAGCCUAGAAACCACGAUGAACGAGUUGAAGGCUCAAUCUCAAUCGUCAUUUGAAUUUGUCAUCCAAAGUCGCCAAUCACUGCCCAAUGUACAAGAUCUCCGAGAAACUAUCGCUAACGCUAUGAAAAGUAUCGAACCACUCCUAGACGAAGGCGGACGCUUAGCUCAAGCGUCGACAACUAGGAAUAUCAUCGACAAUCUAGAACUUGAGCGCGAAAAGUCCCAGCAAGUUGCGGAUAUACUUCGAGAUCGCCUCCAAUCUGUGGGAGCAGAGCUUGUCGAUGCCAAAUGUCGCAUUACAGAGUUAGAGGGUGGACAGCUCGCUGAUCGUCAGGCGCUUUUUGCCUCGACGGAUAGCAUCAACACCGCUAGUCAACAGUUUAGUGCAUUGGCGGAGAGGUUAGAGAAGCAACAGCGAGAUAUGUAUGAGAUCUUGGCUACUGCUGCGGACGCAGAAGCAAAGCUAGUGGCCGCUACGGAACAGGUUGCGCAUCUCAAAGCAAUCAUAGUGGAGAAGGACGAUCGACUACGGGCAUUAGAAGAUGUUCAAAGAGAAAAUUUGCACAUGUCCAGCGAGCUCGCUAACCAUGAAACCAGAAUCUCUUCGCUUGCCUUGACUGCUCAGGAGUUGGACACCACGCGCUCCACUUUGCGUGAGCGUGAGACUAGAAUUCGUGUACUGGAGUCGUCCGUGGGUAUCAAAGACGAAGUGAUUUCUGAUAUGAAGACAAGAUUUUCCGUGCUAGAAACUCGAAUAUCCGAGAACUUGGCGGUGAUCUCUGGGCUAGAGGCAGAUCUUCGAGAUCAUCAAAAUCGCCAAACCCUCGCAAGAGAACAAUGUAACGAGAGCGUAAUCCACAUCGGUAAACUACAAGAGGAGCUUCAAGAAUUGCAAGGGAAGCUGGAGAGAAUGCAUCAUGAACGCAAGAUCUGUGACGAGAAGCUGCAGCAAGCCAACUCUCGCUGUCAGACUCUUGAAGAGCGUUUCGAGGACCAGUCAGUGACAUUGAAGAUUACUAGAGAGUCAAAUGGAGACUUGCAGGAGCGCUUGCUUGCCGCCGAGGCGACCCACGCGCGAGAGCUCGAAGCAACGAGGGCGGAGUUGAGCUGCGAAAUUAUCUUGCUCAAAGAGCAGAAAGCGACGUCGCAAGACAAGAUCCGCGACCUAGAACGACAGCUUACAGCUCAGGAUGCCAGAGCCGGGACGCUUAAGGAUGCUUACGAGGAUAAACUGAAGGAACAGAGCAAUACAUACGCUGUCCUCAAGGAGGCAGAAGAGAAACGAGCAACACGUAUUGAUAGCGAACUAGAGCGGUCACGAUCUGCCGCUGAAACUUUGCAAGACAGGCUUACCUUGGCUACAACUGAGUUAAUCGAUCUUCGCUGCCAGUUGAACUUGGCACAAACGGCGUCCCAAUCACAACUGGAACAGAUAAGUGUCCUCCAAUCCAACAUCCAAGACAUGGAAAGAGCUACCCGCGCGCUGUCGGAUCGCGCGAAGACUAUCGACGUUCGCUACAAGAAGGGUGAUUUGGACGAAGAUGAGAAGACAUUUAUACAGAGUCUCAUACAAACUUCGCAGGCGAUACACGAGAAAGAAUUGGUCGCCAAAGGCAAUGAACUUCGUCGCCGAGACAAUAUUAUUAAGGACUUGCGUUCGAAAGUACAUUUAUUGGAAUCCACACUUGCCAAACAUCUUCAAUCUCAGGCCAAGACCAAAAGCGUUACAUUCGUUCCUACGACCACCGCAGCCUUGGAGCAGAAGUCUAUGAUUGAUCCGACAACCUGGAAGUCUUCUGACGCAAGCAGUUCUCCACUUACAUCGCAAGCUCCUGAUAGAGAUGAGCCCUCAACGAAUGUGGACCCCGUUACAAGCAACAAGUCGAUGCCCACCGCUCUACCUCUAGUUGGCCGAACAACCGCCGCUAUUCGGAUGAUUACUGAUCGAACUUUGCCCGUACCAUUUCGACCAGAAGAGUCACAAGUGGUACCUGCUAGCUCUGACACACCUUCUGCGGCGCAUCAACCGUCUCCGCUGGAAGAACCAUCGGACCGUUUUUUUUUCAGAGCACUCGCGAGGGAUUCCUCGGACGAUAUCAUAGAUUUUGAAGAUCCUCCCGCUAGCACUUUGCCUCUGGCAGCAGCCCUCGGCAAGAGAAUCAAAGCUAGCCCCCCGCCUGUGAGCGUUGAACCGAAAGUAGCUAAUCCUAAACCGCCGAAGCGUGCGAGAACAUCAAUUCAUAAACCCGAAGACGCAGCCGUCUCGGUGGUUUCUGGUGACAAGCCUGACCCUCAUAUUGGAGCAUCAAAGACCAGAUCGCGGAAGCGGCGCUGA